AUGGAGGCGUCGGCGUCUGCGUCGGUGCUGGAGGCGUCCCUGCAGGUGUCCGAGGCCCUGGAGAGCAUCGUGAGCCGCUGCUUGGGGCCCCCGGGCCGCCAGGUGCUGUGUGUGCAGCCCGCCGGACAGGCGCUUGGCAGUCGCGACGGGGCCUACAUCCUCCAGGCGCUGCGCCUGGACCAUCCCCUAGCCAGGAUGGUUGUGUCGUGCGUGGCCGAGCAUCGGAAGGCGACCGGGGACGGGGCCAAAACCUUCAUCCUCCUCCUGUGCGGUCUGCUCCGAGGCCUGCGGGCAGCCGCCGGGCACGUGGGCACCGGCCCGCAGAGCCGGGAAAGAGGGUGGAGCCCCGGUUGCCGGUGGAAACGGAUUUCCCAAACCCUCCGGGCAUUCCAAGCACACGUACUGGACCGCAUCGUGGCCCAACACCUCACUCGACACUUUCUGACCCUUUUUUCCUUUCACCCGACAGAGGCGGAGUCGUGUAGAGCCGCCGUGGAGUCUCUGUUGCGAGCAUAUUUUUGCGGAAGGGUGGGGAGGAAUAAUCAGACGUUUAUUUCCCAGCUUUGUUGUGACUUUUUUUACAAGUGCAUGACCAGUGAAAGCGUGAAGGGUGACACGCUUAGGUUAAUAGAAGAACAUUUUGAGGAACUGCACAGUACCGUGGUUGGGCUUCCCGUGUCGAGCUCCAGGGUGAUAGAAGGGGUGGUCCUUCACAGAGACUUUUCCGUGUACUGCCCAGGAGAGGGUGACACGCGAAUGUCGAUCGUAACGGACCCCAUCCAGCCCCCUCUUUCUGUUUCUGGUUCGGAGUUGGUUGUAAAUUCAGAAGCCCAGUGUACAGCUUCUCAAGUUUGGGCCACAGAGAGGACCAGAGUCAUAAUGAGACACUUAAAGAGUAAGAAGGUAAGAUUGCUCUUGUCUAGUGUCAAGCAACAGGACUCGGUUCUUUAUUACGCAAAACUGAAUGGCAUAUCGGUGGUGGACUGUUUAUCCCUGGAAGAAAUUUCCCUUCUCCUUAGGGUGACGGGAAUCUCCCCCCUUGUUCCGUCCUGCACCGAUUUAUUAUGCGAGACUCCUGAUGUUAACGCUGCCGUAGUGAAAUUUUGUCAACCCCUUCUGCUUAGUUCCCAGAGGUGCGUUCAUCUCGGGUUGCUUAGCCAGCCCUCCUUCACCCCACAUCACGCGAUCCUUUGUGGACCGGUGCAGGGUCUUACAGAGCAGCUCGUUUCUGCUUUUCACGGAGCGUUUAAAAUGCUCCGACAGUCAUUUAAGUCUCUUGGCUUGAGUUUUAAAUGUGACGGGUCGGAUGAAAACCCAAAUGAAGGUCCAGAGACUCUGCCUCCUACUCAGUUUCCAGAAGAACGAUUUGAUUUAAAGCCAGCUGCGUGUGAAAGAGGACAGGAAGAUGCCUCAAAACCCAAGCAGGGCCUAGGAUCUCUUGUAAAGGCUGGGGAAUUAGAAUGCGGUGUUUCAAAUCCAGUUGUAACAGAUGAACACAGAGAUGAACACAGAACUCGGUGUGACCUUGAGUUCCAGGUGUGUAAGGAUGCUAUCGCACUUUGGGAAAAUGGUGAACCCCUUAUAAGUACCCAAAGAAAUGGUAAUAGUAAUUCCCCUUCAGGAAAUACCUGCAAAGGGAUCGGUUCCAAACAGCCGAGAGACAUUAAACAUUCUUGCAAAAUGAGCAGUCUGUCAAUUGGACUUACCCCUAGAGAGAUGUGUAACAAUGCAGGGCAGACUUAUUCUUCCUCAUCUAUACAGGCAGGCUCUGUUCUGCCCGUGGGCGGCGACUUUGAAAUUUUAUUACAUUAUUAUUUACUUAAUUAUUCCAGACAGUGUCGACAAUCAGAGGUAACUAUGGUUUGUUCGUUGAUUGCCAACGCACUCCUUACGAUUCCCCAGAAUCUCAAUAAGACCAAGAAAAGGUUUCUGCAGAUUCAUCACAUCAGAACUCAGCAGGCUCUCCUAGCAGAGUCACGGAGGCCAGCACUUGAAACGGGCUUGGAAUCAGUUGCCUGCAAAUACCAGUUACUCUCCUCAGUUCUUCACUGUUUUACAAAGCUGCUAGCCAUUGACUUAGUGAUCAGCAUUAAGAGGCAACCUCAAAUGAUUAGGGAUGAAGAUUCAGAUGAUGAGCUCUAAAAGUUGGCAUUUUAUGAAGAUGCAGAUGAUGAGCUCUAAAAGUUGGCAUUUUCAUUGAAACUGUCUCGCUAAAUGUGAUUCUCCAGUGCACUACAGAGUGUAACCCGUAAGUAGAUCCUAACAAAUUUAUAUGUAAAGACUCCAAUAAAAGCAUAAAAUGUUGA